AUGGCAACAAUCACUCUUCCUCCGCCAAAUGCGGAAUAUCAGUUUAGCGUGUUGCCAAAUAUCUUCAAGCAAGGUCUUCCAGAUACUGAUGCUGAUACCUUUGAAUAUGCAAAGGAGAACUUUGGACUCAUUCAACAAGCCUACCCUUCUGACAACACCCUUGAGAAUGCCGGUGAAAAGACACAAUGGCAGAGAUUCGAGCAUUAUAUUCGUGAACUGAAUAAGAGCGCUGAAGAGGGCGUCGAGUACAAGGUUUUGUAUCUUGGUAGACAUGGCCAAGGAUACCACAAUGUCGCCGAAUCAAGAUAUGGUACCAAGCUCUGGGAUGACUACUGGGCCAAGCAAGAAGGCGACGAACACGCCCACUGGGCCGACGCACACCUAACCCCCAUCGGCGAAAAACAAGCCCUCGACGUAAACACCUUCUGGAAAUCCGCCUUAAGUGUCGCAAAAGUGCCCGCUCCAGAAGCUUACUACACAUCUCCCUUUUACCGCUGUCUCCAGACCUCGUGGCUGUCUUUCCACUCACUCGAUCUUCCCGCUGACAAACCUUUUGUUCCUAUCGUCAAGGAAUUGCUCAGAGAAACCAAUGGCGUGCAUACCUGCGACCGCAGAGGCCCUUCCUCAAUCAUUCGCGCUGAUUUCCCAACCUACGUCUUGGAGAAAGGACUUCCUGAGACAGACGUCACAUGGACACCAGACUAUCGCGAAAAGCCUACUGAACAUAUUCUCAGAGAACAUGGUUGUCUGGAACAGAUCUGGGAACAGGAUGCCAAGGUGUUCUUGAGUGUUACAGCGCAUUCGGGCACUAUUGCUGCUGUGUUGGGGGCAGUGGGCCAUAGGAGAUUUGCUUUGCCCACUGGAGGUGUAAUUCCUGUUGCUGUUAGAGCGGAGAAGUUGCGUCAUUGA